CUCUUUCAAAACCAGUUCAACCAGUCAUGCAUUUUAAUUAUAAACGAAAGUACGACAGAUUGAAACGGUGUAUUAAAUUGUACAUACUGGAAAACUCGUGCCUUACUGAUGAAAUUUGCCAUCUACAGUCUGAAUUAGCUGCUACUCGAUAUCAAAGGAUCUACCUAAUUAAGCGACUAAUGUUUUACGAAGGUUUAGAAAAGGCCAAUAUAGAACCCAACUGCGUUUCAAAUGGAAAGCUCGAAUCCAAUGAUAAUUUUUUAAGAGCUUUGAACAAAAAUAAACAAAGUGUUUCAUAUCCAAGGGAAAUAAACAAGGAUACUCAAAAUGGUUCUACGGCACAACUAAAAAAGUCUUUUCCAAUUCAUUUAAAUAAUUUGCUGCUACAUUCAUUAGGCGAUAUAUCAGGGAAUUUAAAUUUCCAUAAUGAGGGUUGGAUAUAUCCAGUUGGUUAUGUGGCAACACGAAUAUACGCCCAUCCAAAGGAUCCAUACAAAAAGUGUGUAUACACUUGUAAAAUCUUAAACAACGCUGGAGUUCCUCAGUUUCAAAUAAUCCCUGAUAAUGAUUUGGAUGGUGUGUAUUUUGGAGAAACCCCUAAUAUGUGUCAUGCUGAACUUUUGAAUAACAUUCAGCGGUAUGCUAAUAAAAGAGUAAAAAUACCAUUUGAUGUGCAGGGAGAAUCUUUUUUUGGCUUAUCGAAUCCAAAAAUUCAAUCACUUUUAAGACUAGACCCGGGAUUUCAUCGCUGCCUUAAUUUUAAAGGGUAUAAUAAUAUACAGAAUCCAACAUCAUUAAAUAAUGCGAGCUUAUCAUUUGAGACACUUCAAACAUUUUUAACUUGAAAGUAAUUAUAACUU